GUAACCUUAAGCAAUGAACAUAUUCGGACUUAAUGUUUCAUCAAAAUUAUGCUUUUACAAGAUGAAUCGAUUCGCGGUGGUUUUUAUUUUUACAUUAUACCUGACUUUGGAUAUAUGCAAGUCUACUGGUACACAGUGCCCUGACUCUUGUGAAGCGUGUAUUGAUGCCGGUACCAAUUUCGUGUGUAACUGCAGUAAAGGGGCGUAUUAUAUUAACGGGGACUGUGCUCCAUGUAGUACUUUUGGGAUUAACUGCGAACGCUGUAGCAAUGCGUCUCAAUGUGAAGAAUGCUUCCCUGGAAAAUGGGGACCACAUUGUAUCAAAGACUGUGGAGAUGGUUGUAAAGAUGGUAAAUGUUAUUUUAAGGACGGGUCAUGUACAUGCAUUCAAGAAUAUUAUGGAUCUGACUGCAAAAAUCAAUGUUCAAAGAACUGCCUUUGCAGCACUUGCUUGGACAAUGGUCACUGCAAUUGCACACCAGGACAUUAUUUACAAACAUGUAGUGCACCAUGUUUCUCAGCAUGUGAAGAAUGUACUAACAGUUCUUCUUGCACUGUAUGCCCGUUUGGGAAAUUUGGAAACUAUUGUCAAAAUAAUUGUCAAUGCAGUAACGAGACUAGCUGUGACAUAAUAACGGGUGACUGUAUUUCUCGGACGUGUCCCCAAACGUGCACAUCAUGUGUUGACAGUGAACACUGCACUGGGUGCACUGUUGGUUGGUUUGGAGGUACAUGUGGCUACGCGUGUUCCAGUAAUUGUUUCGGGGGAUGUGUUCAGUCGUCUGGUUUUUGUAAUGCAUGUUCACAUCGAUACUUCGGUUCAAAUUGUGACCUAGAAUGUAGUUAUUGUAGUGACAAUGAUUGUACUCGAAAUGGAGAAUGUAACAACUGCUACCCGGGAUACUUUGGGACCUUUUGUAAUUUAAAUUGUCCUUCUACAUGUCCUUCAAAAUGCAAUCAAGCGGACGGAUCUUGUACUUUUUAUUGUCCUGCAAACUGCUUAACCUGUUCAGAGAGUUAUUCAUGCACUCGAUGCAAAGACCUUUACUACGGGUAUUUCUGUGGUUUAUUGUGUAGCACUACGUGUAAACAGGGAAAGUGUGACAUACAGUCAGGACAUUGUGUGGAAUGCAAUUAUCCAUCGUACUACGGCGACUUUUGCAACACCAGCUGUAGAUCAGCAUGUUCAACAAAUCGAUGCGAAAGGCAAACUGGUAGCUGUUUUGGGUGCAAGGAUGAGAAAAUGUAUGGAACGUUUUGUAAUAUAACAUGCAACAGAAAAUGCAAGGAUGAAAUGUGUUCACAAGAAAACGGUCACUGUAUAAAUGGAUGUAUACCUAAUUAUUAUGGGUCAACGUGUGAAAAUGUCUGCUCUAAGAAUUGUGUCGGCUCCACAACAGAAUCAAAAUGUGACUCAAACGGAAUGUGCAUCAACGGAUGUAUCGACGGAUUUAUUGGCGAUACAUGUACAACGGAAGGCCAUAACCAACAAACGGAAGAAACUAACUCUGGUUCUGUGAUCGGUGGAACGGUUGGUGGUGUGAUUGGCGUGUGUAUUGUCGUAGCGCUGGUGGUGGUUGUGCUGGUAUUGAAGAAAAAAGGGAUUGUUCGGAAGGAGAGCAAGAAGACCUAUGAGGAUAUAUCACCAGGAAAAAUCCAAGAUGAACCGUAUACAACAUUGGCAGUUGAGAGCACGACCGAGUACGAAAUACCCGAUUCGGAGGCAAGGUCCGAGCUGACCAUCGAAGGUGAAGACAACAGGGUGUAUUACAAUGAUGAGAUGGCCUACUACAAGAAUAUCGGGGGAAAUGUUCAUAAAACAUGAACAUGUACACAAACAGAUAGAGCACAUGUGUUUAUAGCAUGUUUCCACCGGUGAAUAUGUUUACAACCGCUUACUUAUUGUAUCAGCGCUAUGUUUGGUUUAGAUUUAACUGCAUUACGAGGGUGUCCAUGUACACUGCACAAAUUAUAAAAAUGUUUCGAGUCAUUAAAAUAAUUUUGUAGGUCUACAUGAACGACUCGUUCCAACAUUUGUAUUAUAUACCUCAUGCUAUGUGUUUUUUCAUGCAAAAAUAGUCUCAUAGUCUUAUGCUUCUGUAAUGGGCAGAUUCAUGGGGACUGGAGUAUAUGCAUAGUAUUGAAGCUGUACAUGUUAAUGCUUGAACAAGAUAUAUGAUGGUCCUCCUAGUGGUUGUAAUAAUGC